AUGUUGCCUCGCUUUAUUGUAGAUAGGUUAUAACGAAAGACCAAAGAACAUAAAGAUUAUAAGAGAUAUAUUGCUACCCACGUGCACAAUUCUUGCGAGUAUUAUCUUUGUUCGCUGCAAAUUUUUUUGUUAUUUUUCAAUGGCACGUAUUUUUCAAUCGCUUACAUUCAAAAGUUUCAAUUAUUCCAGGAUUAAUAUAAGAAACACUCACAGGCAUCAUGUCAGGCAACAUUGAAAAGAACAAUUCAUUCGACGAUUAUUACAACACCGACAAUUUUAAUGAUAGCGAGUUACAGGCUCGACUGUAUGCAGAAAUCUAUUAUGAAUCGAAUAUCGAGGGUGAAUCAGAAACCACGGAUAGUUCGAGGACAAUCAAAUUUGAUAACAUGCCUACUGAGACGAAUGUUGAAUCAAAAAAGAUACAAUAUGAAUCAGGGGAACAAUAUUUGGAACAAUCUUCGACAUCUAAGAUAACUGGAGCAGAUUCUCAGAAGAUGCCCUCUACACAUCAGUCAGAAUUUGUUCAAGUUGAGACUAUGUCGAGUAGAGAAAUGAAUUCUGCACAUGGCAAUACGAGUUCAGAAGAGCCUUCAGUCGUACAAGAAAAAGAGAAGAAAGAAAAUUCUUCCAAGAAACACAAAUCUUCCAAACAUGCAAAAACUGCAUGUAAAGAAAGUCCUGAUAAAAAUGAUAAUAAUAUGGAAUAUUCAAAAUAUAAUGUUGUUUCAAAAGACAUAAAACAAAAGGUACGUUUGCUUUUAACUGAACAAAUGGAUAAAGAGGAAGACAGUUCUGAUUCUGAAGAAUCCAUAUUUGAAGUACCUGUUCCACCGAAACCAGAACCACCACUUAUAGACUUGCAAGAUUCUGAUGAAGAAAAUGGUUCAAAUUCUAGGAUAAAUAAUGAUUUGAUUUUAAAAAAUCGGAAUGAUGCUUCAUUAAAGACAUAUUUAAAAGCGUCCCCAUUAAAAAAUUGCGAAUUAGAAGUUUCACAGAGUAAUCUUCAAGAUACAUCUUCCAAAAACAAGACUACUUCUAAAUCAUAUAAUAAGGAUACUGUAAAUUCUAGUAAAAGUAUCCAGAUAUCAAUGGGUACACAGGAUAUCAUAGAAGAUAUUGUGUUGAAUUGCACAACAAUUCAAAGAGGUGCUCAAAGCAUAAGUGAAAUUAAACAAUUGUCCAAAAAUACAGAGAUAAAACAACGAAGUAAAUCGACAGAAAAUACAAGUCAAAAUUCUAAAAAAAUUUUACCGUUGAAAGGAAAUAAUAAAAAUGCUAAUCUUCAGCAAGAAAUAUCUGUGACAUCAAGAAAAAAAUUGCAAAUAAUGCAACGAAAUAUUGACAAAAGUAAUAAUAUAUAUUUUACGCAUUUAGAACAAAACAAAAGUUCAGUAAUAGAGCCAUACAAUCCAGUAAUUGAUCGAAAGAGACGAUGCAACAAUGAGAUUGAUGAUCAAUCUAAACAGAAGCGACAAUGCACCAGUCAGCAGAAUAAUCAAAAUGUUGUGUCACAAUCCAACAAUAUUGAGGAGAAAAGAAACAUAUCGAAUGAGUUUUUCGAGCCAAUGUCGGAAGAAAUGAAAAAUUAUUAUAAUUUGAGUCGCGGUCAAGAAAACUUCGAUAUUAGAGAGUUGCAACAAAGCAUGUCGAAGGAUCCACGAAUGUGGACAAUUCUGGAUGAAGAUUUAAUGCCAUGUCCCCCUAGCAGACGUUUUAGAUUCUGGAAUGUCAAAUGCACUAACUGCCAGCAGGAUGGCCAUCGGCGGUAUGAUUGUCCAACACCACUUAGACUACCAUCUUGUUACAUGUGCGGCAUGAAGGGCCAUGUAGAGGUUCGAUGUCCACAGAAGAUGUGUCUGACAUGUGUAGGACACGAGCAAAAUCAAUGUCCCGAUCUUUGGCGACGGUAUCAUCAAACGACCAACAUGAAUAGCAUGCCGCAGGAUCCGGGUAAUGUGAUGAAACCAUCGAGAUUGUUAUAUUGCUGUAAUUGUACUAAGCGUGGUCACGAAUCGUCUACAUGCAGGGAAUAUCGAUGGUCUGAGAAUUUUCCCACUCCAGCUGCUGUCACAAAUUACACAGAUGGACCCAUAUACCGUUCAUCAAGUCUUCAUGUGUCAAGUUAUCCUGAAUCUGAUUCUGAGCUCGAUCUCUCGUUGUCUGAGACAGAAAACGAAACAUUGAUUCCACAAUAUAUUAUUGAUACACAACAAAAAACAACUACUGAAGACGAAUUUUCUGUAAAUGUAGACACAUCGUCAAAUAUUAAUUUCUAUAUUUCACCAAUUUCACAAGAAAUUGAGCAUAUCUCGCAAACGAAAGAUGACUUAAAAUCUCCUUUUAUUUGGCCCACAGUAAAAACAAAUUUCAAACCAAUCAAAGUGGAUCAUAUAAAAUUUUUCAAGCUUAUAUAUUCUUGUGGUAUUUUUUCCAAUAAAAAUGACAAGAAUGCACGGAUGGUCUUGACUACUCUUAAUACAUUCUUCUCACAAACAAAAAAAGAUUUUACUAUGGUAAGAAAUUUAAUAGAGCAGCAGACUGCUCCGAAUUUUUUAACAGUAUUGCUGGCGAAAGCAAAUAUAAAAUUUGAAGUGAAUAUAGGUUAUACCCAUCGCAAAAUGCUAUCAUUACAAUUAAUAGCAAUGAAAGAUUACAUAGAGCCUUUGUAUGACUUAUUGAAAUAUUGGCUUAAUCUCCCAGAGGAUGAAAAAGAUUAUGGGAUAGACGUGGAUCUACCUGUAAGUUGUAUGAAGAUGUUGAACGUGCUGCAAUCAAGAGAAGCACAAUUAAAUAAAAUGCGUUUCAGACAUUAUAUCCACUACAUAGGAGAACUGGAUCAUCCGCGAUUGAUUUUAACAUCUGUGUUCUCCGAAAAAAUCAAAAUGAAAAAUCAUUACAAGCAGUAUGGGCACAAUAAAAAAGCCAGAGGAACGUAUAAUCGCUUACGUCGAAACUUAUUUCGUUUGCAAACUAAACUUCUUGUGAUUACCAAUACCGAGCCUGAACCGAAUAUUUAUGUACGUACAUUUCAAGACAUAAUGAGAAGAUUCAAAUCAGGACUUUAUCAAACGAAUGAAAAAUUGGACACUGCAACUUAUCUUAGACUUAAUCUGCUUUAUAAUCAACUGUUUGUACCUCACACAUCCGAGAAUAUACAUGGAUUAUUACAACGCAUCGAGUUGGAGGAAAAGAAGUUUAAAAAUUCGCAACAGCCGGAAUUAGAAAUACGUCACGUACCAGAAAAGCAACAGGAGCCAGAAAUACGUCACAUAGUAAACCAAGAAAACCUCAUAUGUACCUCUACUGCAGAUACCUCAUCCGCGAUACCUUGCAUCUCGCCGAAUAUCAACUCCGAUAAUUUCUUCGUAAUCGAUAAUCAACAGAAUAACGAGAUAUUAAAUAACGAACCAAAUGUGAAUACUUCGUUUGAGACAAACAAAUUAACUAAUCGCAAUUAUGAUGAUAUAACAAUAACAAUAAAAAAUCCUCUAACGCAGGUUUCUGAGAUUAUACCGUUAAAUACUGCACCUAUGCCACCGGUUAAAUCAAAAGAAUUUGAACCAAAUGAAGAUUUUAUUCAAUUAUCAAUAGGCGAAGAGAAGAUUGACUCCAAUGUAUCGAAAAAUAAACAGAAUAUAAACGUAAAUAAUACACCAUAUUUAUCGAAAAAGGAGAAGAAAAAAUUAAAUUAUUUCAAAUUGAAUGAAAUGAUAAAAAGCCAAAAUAUAUACGAUAUCGCGUUAAAUGUUAUAGAAACGGCUCGUGCUCUUAAAGUACCACAUAUGAUGAAGGCAGCAGAUGAAAUACAAAGACAAGUUAACAAGCGGACAAUUAAAGCUAGGCAUCUCCGGUCGUUGAAUAAAUUGAUUCGUAUAGAGCAGAAUCAUCAAAAGGCCGUUACUGAUUUUUGCAAUUUUUUAAAGAAGAAAUAAUUUGUAAAAAUUAAUUACGCGCUCGUUCAGUGAUACGAUGGUAUCACCGUCUGACAUGCAUCCGUAUAACAUACGAAAUUGUUGAGAAGAUAAUGGGUGCUUUCCAAUUGUAAAAUCAGACACGUGGCGAUAGUCGUGUUUCAAUUGCUAUAAUCAUCCAAACUAUACAAACUCACAUACAUACUCAGCCCAAAGACUACUAGUUGACGGUGUAAACUUGUGUUUUCUAGUGACAAUUACAUAUUACUAAUCGCAACGACUGUAAAUAAGGUUGGAAGACAUUGGGUGACCGACAUUUGUACUUUUUUAAAUUCAAUACAAAUGAAAAAAGCUACAUUUUAAUCUAACUAUUCUAAACUAUACACAACAUACAUAUUAUGUAUCAAUUGAGUCGUGCACAAUGCUACACUUUGUGCAUUC